UUGAAGAAGCGCGUCUAUCAGCAGACAGGAGACGAGAGAGGAAAGCGCACUCAACUAAAGAUAUCCGACAGAAGCGUCUCAGCACGGAUACGUUUCUAAAUUCAUUAGAUAUACACACUUACACGCGGGAUUUGGUGAACACCGGAGCCGGACGGAAAACUUUAAUUAACGGUGAACAGAUUCUCUCGCGAACCCUGAAGGAAAAAAAAAAAAAAAUGAGCUCCUUGUGGAUUUAGUUUGGAUGUAUUUGUGGCUCUGCGGUCGCUUCUUUUAAGUUUUCGUUAACUUUUUACUUUUUUAUGGACAUUUCGUCACGAGUUUUCUUCCGAAAUCGGCUCAUUUGCAUAACAUGAUUGCUUUCGGACCACGAGUGUCGUGGUGUUGACGAAAAGGCACCGGGAGUAUUGUCACAGAGAAACUUUUUUUCUUCUUCUUUUUCUAGUAUUUGUCGGCUUUCCUCAAAAUGCAGCACUGUUGUGGGAUUACAAAAUAUUUUCUUGUGUUUUUUUGCCUGGCCUUGCAGCCAUCCUGCGGCCAGUAUCACGGAGAGAAGGGCAUUUCCAUUCCCGAACACGGCUUCUGCCAGCCCAUAUCGAUCCCUCUGUGUACGGACAUUGCCUACAAUCAAACCAUUAUGCCUAACCUUUUGGGUCACACCAAUCAGGAGGACGCCGGACUGGAAGUGCACCAGUUCUACCCUCUCGUCAAAGUCCAGUGCUCGAUGGACCUGAAGUUCUUCCUCUGCUCCAUGUACGCACCGGUGUGCACGGUGCUCGAGCAAGCCAUCCCGCCGUGUCGCUCCCUGUGUGAGCGGGCGAGACAGGGCUGCGAGGCCCUCAUGAACAAGUUCGGCUUCCAGUGGCCCGAGAGACUCCGCUGCGAGAAUUUCCCCGUCCACGGCGCGGGAGAGAUCUGCGUGGGCCAGAACACGUCGGACUCUGGAAGCCCGACAUCUGACCCGACGCCCUACGUACCCGAACUGAUCACGUUAGGGCCAAGCGUGGUCAGACCCAGUCAGCAAUUCACAUGCCCACUGCAGCUGAAAGUGCCCACUUACCUCAAGUACCACUUCAUGGGCGAAAAAGACUGUGGUGCGCCAUGCGAGCCCACUAAACCCAACGGAUUGAUGUAUUUCCGGGAGGAGGAGGUCAAAUUCGGCCGGCUUUGGGUGGGCAUUUGGUCCAUUUUGUGUUGCGUUAGUACCCUGUUCACUGUGCUCACAUACUUGGUGGACAUGAGGCGGUUUCGCUACCCAGAGAGGCCCAUCAUCUUCCUCUCGGGCUGCUAUUUCAUGGUGGCCGUCGCCUACGCGGCAGGUUUUUUCUUUGAAGACAAAGUAGUUUGCAUUGACAAGUUUAACGAUGAUGGCUACAAGACUGUGGCCCAGGGCACGAAGAAAGAGGGAUGCACUAUUCUCUUCAUGAUCCUCUACUUCUUCGGCAUGGCAAGCUCAAUUUGGUGGGUCAUUCUGUCCCUCACAUGGUUCCUCUCUGCGGGAAUGAAGUGGGGUCACGAAGCUAUCGAGGCCAACUCUCAGUACUUCCACCUCGCUGCUUGGGCUGUGCCAGCAGUUAAGACUAUUACCAUUCUCGCCAUGGGACAAGUGGACGGUGACCUCCUCACCGGGGUGUGCUACGUUGGCAUCUACAACGUGGACUCCCUGCGCGGGUUCGUGCUGGCGCCGCUCUUCGUCUACCUCUUCAUCGGCACCUCUUUUCUCCUGGCCGGGUUCGUGUCACUUUUCCGCAUCAGAACCAUCAUGAAGCACGACGGCACCAAGACGGAGAAGCUGGAGAAGCUGAUGGUGCGCAUCGGCGUGUUCAGCGUGCUCUACACGGUACCGGCGACGAUUGUAAUCGCCUGUUAUUUCUAUGAGCAGGCUUUCCGAGAGCAGUGGGAGAAAACCUGGCACAUGCAAACGUGUAAGCGCUUUGCUGUCCCUUGCCCAGUCAAUAACUUUGCCCCCAUGUCUCCGGAUUUCACCGUCUUCAUGAUAAAGUAUCUGAUGACCAUGAUCGUGGGAAUCACCUCUGGAUUUUGGAUAUGGUCUGGGAAGACCCUGCAGUCUUGGCGCAGGUUUUAUAAAAGGCUCAGUAAUAGUAAUCAAGGGGAGACAACGGUAUGAAAAAUUAGACCCGAUCGACCAUGUCGUCCAGAUGUACUUUGUGUGCAACUUUAGUCCGAGAUGAACUUUUACAUGUCGAUUGAACUCAAUGGACACACAUUGCGCCUAAAGGUGUUUCCACAGUGAAGACGGACCACCGGGCCACAUCAUGAACAGUGUUAUCUGCCAGAGUCUGUUUGAACCAUCGGUUUUGCUCAUAUGUAUAUGGGGGGAAAAGACAUUUGACUAUAUUUUUGUGUAACAAAAUGUAAUUUGCAGAUGCGAUCUCUGUAGACGUAUACAUUUCAUGCAGUGCUUAAUGCUUUGGCACACUUUGCAAUGUUCACGGUUCUGUAUACAUGAGAUUUGGACGUAAUUUGCCUUAUACGUGUACCAUCCCAUGUUUUAGCUCUAGGGACUUGUAUGACUUUCCCAGCCCUCCGUUGACAAUCAUGCAUACGUCUUUGGCAUAAAUGGACCUUGAAAUGCGCGUUAGGAUUGGGGAUAGUUUUAUGCAUGUGUACAGCUGUGAAUUUAUGUGCAAGCUCCCUUUAAACGAUGUAACGUGUAAAUAAUCACCUUUUCUCAAAGAGUAUAUGUAUUUAUGAAAAUAAUCGUGCUGUUUUUUUUUUUUAAAUGAUUUUUAACAUUUCGUAAGAGACCUUUGUAUCUGUACAGUUUCGCUGAAUAAAAUAAUUAGAUUUUUAGUGAACUGCCUCACUUGUUUAAUUCAGUUGACAUUAAUGGUUGUUGGUCUGGCCUGUAUUCUUAAUUUCUAAACCAGUUUCAUAUUUAACAUUCUGAACAGGAGGCACCACGACCACGUGUUACAUUUUAUGUUUUUAGAACUGACAUUUAGUGAUACAGACCAAAGAAUGACUUCUUUGAAUAGUAAAUGAGCAAGCCCCAAAUAAGAUCAAGUGCUUAGUUAUAUUUUCUAAUAUGUUUUGAGAGACUUUUUUUUUUCCUGUGGGAAAUUAAUUUGAUCAGAAAAAGUACCAAAAAAAAAAAGGGUGAGAAUUUGGACCGCGGUGCUAUUAAACUAAACGAAUAAAACAUAUAAAACAUUAUAUGAUAAAACAUUUGUCUUUGUCACAGAAACUCGUGCAGCUUAACCGAAAAAAAGUUUAAGACCAAUGCUUUGGCGCCACCCUUAGGUGAUUGAUAUAUUGCCUGUACUGAAAUCAUAAUUAUAUUUUAUUUUAUUUUUUUAAACGUUUUUUUACGUUUUUUUAUGAAAUGCAAAAAAAUAAUAAUAAUAAUAAAAUAAUAAUU